GCGCAGUAUACACGCCCAGUCAAUAGCAACUGAAGGCUAUAAAAUAUGCGUGCAUCGUUAGCAACAAGACAAAGCGUUUGUCUCCACAACACCAUAAAGUCGAGUGGAUCAAUAGCAUCUCGUCUUUAAAAUGCGUGAAUGUAUCUCAGUCCAUGUCGGCCAAGCCGGGGUCCAGAUGGGCAACGCCUGCUGGGAGUUGUACUGUCUCGAGCACGGGAUCCAGCCUGAUGGUCAGAUGCCAAGUGAUAAGACCAUUGGCGGAGGGGACGAUUCCUUCAACACCUUCUUCAGUGAGACAGGGGCCGGGAAACAUGUCCCUAGAGCUGUUUUCAUAGACCUCGAACCUACAGUUGUUGAUGAGGUUCGAACAGGGACCUACCGUCAACUAUUCCACCCCGAGCAGCUCAUCACCGGCAAGGAAGAUGCAGCCAACAACUACGCUCGAGGCCACUACACCAUCGGCAAAGAGAUCAUAGAUUUGGUCCUCGACAGAAUUCGUAAACUUGCAGACCAAUGUACUGGUCUGCAGGGCUUUCUCAUUUUCCACUCUUUCGGUGGUGGUACCGGCUCUGGCUUCACAUCUCUGCUGAUGGAACGUCUGUCAGUCGAUUAUGGAAAGAAAUCCAAGCUUGAGUUUGCCAUUUACCCUGCGCCACAAGUCUCUACCGCUGUUGUAGAGCCAUACAACUCCAUUUUGACCACGCAUACCACUCUGGAGCACUCCGACUGUGCCUUCAUGGUUGAUAACGAGGCAAUCUAUGACAUCUGUCGCCGUAACCUCGACAUUGAAAGACCAACAUAUACCAAUUUGAACCGGCUAAUAGGUCAGAUCGUGUCGUCAAUCACCGCUUCUCUAAGAUUUGAUGGCGCUCUGAACGUGGAUUUGACCGAGUUCCAGACUAACCUGGUACCCUACCCACGUAUCCACUUUCCUUUGGCUACCUACGCUCCUGUCAUCUCAGCUGAGAAGGCUUAUCAUGAACAGCUCACCGUUGCCGAGAUAACGAAUGCUUGUUUUGAACCAGCCAAUCAGAUGGUUAAAUGUGACCCACGUCACGGCAAAUACAUGGCUUGCUGCAUGCUGUACAGAGGAGAUGUUGUACCAAAAGACGUCAAUGCGGCCAUUGCUACAAUCAAGACCAAAAGAACGAUCCAGUUCGUUGACUGGUGCCCAACUGGUUUCAAGGUCGGCAUUAACUACCAGCCACCGACAGUGGUACCAGGUGGAGAUCUGGCUAAGGUUCAGCGCGCAGUGUGCAUGCUGAGCAAUACCACAGCUAUUGCCGAGGCUUGGGCCCGUCUUGACCACAAAUUUGACCUGAUGUACGCUAAGAGAGCUUUUGUCCACUGGUAUGUUGGCGAGGGUAUGGAAGAAGGCGAGUUUUCAGAGGCUCGUGAAGACUUGGCUGCCCUGGAGAAGGAUUAUGAGGAGGUUGGUGUUGACUCGGUUGAGGGAGAAGGGGAUGAAGAAGAAGGGGAGGAAUAUUAAAGAACUGUCCAAAACACAGAAGUAAACAUAAUCUUUACAUCUAUUGACAAAUUAUCAAUAAAAUAAUAUCAGCAACAGUUACUACUUAAUUCUGUCAACUUCCAACUUGCUCAUGUAUGCGAUUAAAACAUGUAAUUUAUAAAAAUGUUGUUUGCAAUAAAAUGCUUGCACAAAUGA